GGGAGGGGAGCGAGGCCGGCGCUGGACACGAGGCCCGGCGGCGGAACCGGCUCCCGAGUAAGAGACUGAAGAAGUCCCACAGCUGCCUGGAUGAUGCCUCUCUGAGUUCUGUCGCAGAGCAAGAUGGUGCUGGAUCUUGCACAGCCCUAUCAGCCGCAUCCUGAUGUCUUUGGCACAAACCUGCAGCCCAGGAGAGGUGGGAAGACCGGGGGCUCCCCUCCAUAUGAUGAGCUGCUUUACCCCUUCUUGUCUCCUUCCCCUUCUCUGGAUUUGGACUCCUCCAGCCCAGGACCAAGGGCCCGCCCACCCUCAAAGCCCAAGGGGCUCCGAAGGUCAGGUGCCAGGCCGCCCUCGGACCUCUGCCCUGCCUUCCAGAGUCCCUGCAACUGGAUGCGACGGAGCGAGAGCAUCUGUGUGGUGAAUCGGAAUGGCCGGGGCCAAGGUCAAAUCCGCAGCGCCACAUCCCUACCUCAUCUCUCCAAAGCAGAGGAGGAGGGGGAGACCAGGAGCAGGACAAAAAGCCCUUGUUUGCUGGUGGCCCUGAGGCCAGUGAAUGUCGAGGAGGAAAAAGCCCGGUUCUUCCAGUCGUCUUAUACCUACAACCCUCAGUUUGAAUAUGGGGAGCCUGUACCUGAAACAGUGUUGGAGAAAUACAAAGAGGCCUCAGGCCAGUUUAUUGCGCAGGCUGUUGGAAUAAUUAAUGCUGUCUUGGAAAAAUAUGGCACCUAUGAGAGCUUUGAGGCAUCCAAUGGUGGGAAGCUGCUCAGUAAAUGCCAAAUCUGGUCCAUCAUCAGGAAGUACAUGCAAAAGGAAGGCUGCUCUGGAGAGGUGGUGGUUCAUCUCACAGAGGAUCUGCUUUCCCAGGCAGUGAUGAUGGUGGAAAACAGCCGCCCAACUUUAGCCAUCAACUUGUCUGGAGCUCGUCAAAACUGGUUGGAGGGCGUGUUGCGCCAUGAAAUAGGCACCCACUAUAUCCGCGGGGUCAACAAUACCCACCAGCCCUGGCACAGCAUGGAAGGCCGCAAGCGAUACGGCCUAAAGCCUGCCAAUCCCACGGAAGAAGGCCUGGCGAGUCUGCACAGUGUCCUCUUCCGCAAGCAGCCCUUUCUUUGGAGGGCAGCGCUUCUCUACUACACCAUCUAUCAGGCCAGCCGCCUGUCCUUCUGUGACCUCUUCCAUGACCUGGCGCGCUAUGUGCAGGAUGCUGGUGUGCGGUGGGAGUACUGCGUGCGAGCCAAACGGGGCCAGGCAGACACUUCAUGGCCAGGGUGUUUCAGUAAAGAUCAAGUGUACCUGGAUGGAAUUCUCCGGAUCCUGAGACAUCGGCAAACCAUUAACUUCCAGUUACUGGCUGCACUGGGGAAGGUCUCCUAUGAAGAUGUGGAUCACCUUAAGAAAUAUGGGGUACUGGAGAAGGCCCGGAUCCCCCACUUCAUGCAGGACCUGGAGCGGUACAUGCAGCACCUCAACCACAUUGUCACCACCAACUGCCUUAAUGACGAGGAGCUGGAACAGCUGCUGCCAGACUGAGCAAGUUGUGGGGUGAGCUGUGACUCAUACAGCCCUAGCUGGGCAGGUCGUGCUGCAAUUAUGGAGCCUUUGGCUCCAAAGGACAUUUGUCUGGCUGGUCUGCUGAAGACAGUUCGAUGGCACACAGCUUGCUAUUUAUUCUUUAUUUAUUAGUAUGUCUGGUUGAAUAUUAGGUGAUGAACACCAAACUGAGGCAAAAUCUGUCAGCUGUUCCAGAGG